CACAGACUCCUACACACUGGGAGUGGCGAUGGGUGUUCGGGGAGUGGUCGCAAUGAGCCCCACUCUCUCCCAUGCUCCUCCAUCACAGCUUGAUGUUGGCUGAAGUAAACAGAAGACCAUGGCUGUACAGAGUACCUCAAGCGCUGUAAUGAAUAUGUAAACACCGCUUCCCAAGUUUCUUGGACUAAAGGUGCAAUCGGACAGUAUUAUCUAUGUGUCUGGAGGGCUUAAUUUCGUUUAAUUAGCCAAGCUUUGAGAGGUUAAAGUGUGUUCAGAUCUCCCAACUGACCGUCAGCGCUUAAUUUGAAACGCAGUGUGGAUUGAUGGAGGUGUAUUUGAAACACUGAGAGCGGGAACAACAUUCUGUUCAAAUCCAGCAUCUUGUAUCUGUGAAUGUGUAUCUGAGCGGAGAACAUUGUAACGGAGUUACUGUUUGCCGGCUUUCUUUGUGUUGCUCUUCUCCAAGCAUGCUUGAACCUCGCGGCGCAGGAGCAGUUUGAAAAUCGCCAAACCUUCCUCAACAUCCCAAAACUAUGGCCAGCGACCACUGCUUAUAGAAAAGGAUUACUAAAACAUCCCUUUUACCCUUUCUCUGUCUCCCGUGAGCUGCGUUAAACCCGCGUUGCUCACCGCGUCCCUCUCAUUCAUCGCGUCAGGAUUGUUGAAGGACAAGUAAAGAAUUGCGCCCUUUUGAUAGAGCAGCGCUUCGCCGAGGGGGAACAUGGAUGUAUUUUAUCCGUCUGCCGGAGGGAAUUCUAUUCCUGGAGAUCCACAGAACCUGGAUUUUUCCCACUGCCUGGGAUACUACAACUACAACAAGUUUGGGAAUAACAACAACUACAUGAACAUGGCUGAUGCCAAUGGAGCCCUGCUAGCAGGAGAUACAUUUCAUACUCCGAGUCUUGGUGACGAAGAGUUUGAAAUACCCCCCAUCACCCCUCCUCCUGAGACCGAGCCUGGUAUGGGCCUCCAGGAGGUGGACUCACCUUUCCCCAGGCUACUUGACCACCCCAACUCUCAGCGGGGGUCAUUCACCCCACAGUUCCCACCCCAGAGCUUGGAGCUGCCCUCGAUCACCAUCUCCAGAAACAUGAUGGAGCAGGAAGGACGACUCAACAAUGGACAUCCAGGGGCUAUUGGUCAAAACCACCUCCGUCAGUACCCUCCAAACCCCACCAUGGUGAUGCGCUCCAUCAUUAGCAUGCACAACCCCAAUGGCAUGAUGUCACAAAACCAGCUCACCACCAUCAACCAGUCCCAGAUCAACUCUCAACUGGGGCUUAAUAUGACCGGAUCAAACAUUGCUCACACGUCCCCGUCCCCACCCGCCAGCAAAUCGGCCACACCCUCUCCAUCCAGCUCAAUUAACGAAGAUGAUCCAGAGGAAGGAAACAGGGUGAUUGGUGAGAAGCGUCCCGCCCCUGACACGGGUAAGAAGCCGAAGACGCCCAAGAAAAAGAAAAAGAAGGAUCCUAAUGAGCCCCAGAAGCCAGUGUCUGCAUACGCCCUGUUCUUCAGAGACACCCAGGCAGCCAUUAAAGGCCAGAACCCUAAUGCCACGUUUGGAGAGGUGUCCAAGAUAGUAGCUUCUAUGUGGGAUGGACUGGGCGAGGAGCAGAAACAGGUUUACAAAAGUAAAACAGAAGCAGCAAAGAAGGAGUACCUGAAAGCUCUUGCAGCGUACCGCGCUAGCCUUGUGUCAAAGGCUGCCGCGGAGUCAGCGGAGGCCCAGACGAUUCGCUCGGUGCAGCAGACUCUCGCCUCCACCAGCCUGUCGCCAGGGCUCGUGAUGCCUUCACCUCUAUCCCAGCACCCCUCAAUGUCCGCUGCGGCACAGGCGCUCCAGCAGGCCCUGCCUCGAGCCAUCGCCCCAAAACCUCUGCAAAUGCGCGUCGGCGGCAGCCAGAUUGUCACCUCGGUCACGGUAGCUCACCAGAACAUGACGCCCGGCGGCAUUCAGUCACAGCUGCUGGGGCAGAUGGGAGCGGGUGGUCCGCAGUCGGGCGUGUCGUCACAAUUGAGUCCGCCGAUGCAAUCCCGGCACACUUCCAUGCAGCAGCAGAUGCAGCAGCAGCAGAUGCAGCAGCACUUGCAGCACCAUCAAUUGCAGCAGCAGCAAAUGCACCACCAGCAGAUUCAGCAGCAAAUGCAGCAGCAGCAUUUCCAGCAUCACCUGCAGCAGCAACUUCAGCAGCACCACAUGCAACAUCAGCAUCAACAGAUGCAGCAGCAACAGCAGCAGCAGCAAAUGCAAAUGCAGCACAUGCAGCAGAUGCAGCAUAUGCAUCAGCAUCAAAUGCAGCAGCAGCAGCAGCAUCUCCCGCAGUCGCAGUGUUCGCCCGUGCAGCACUCGCCCGGCACGCCGCACUCGGCCUCUCUCGGAAGCCCGCCGCCCCCUCCCGCGCCCCAGCCUCACCCCUCGCAAGUACAGGCUCACGCGCAGGUCCUGUCGCAAGUGAGCAUCUACUGAACCAAAAGCCCUCGGACCUGCAGUUGCAACUCCGCGAGAAAGGCAGAAGGAAGUUGAUAUUGAAAAGCAUCAUUAAAAGGUUGCUUUUUUUAAGUUGCACUUAAGAAGUGUGUAAAAAAAAAUAUGAAUGUUAUACAAAGAACUGUCCUUUGUUCUAGAUGGAUAUAAGAUACGUUUUAAAGGGACAAAGCUUCUUAGCUGGAUUUUUUGUCUAUAAGAUAGGCUGAGCUACCGGGAGGUCUGUUCAUAGACUUGAGUGCCCAGUAGUAAUUUGUAUGUAUAUUUAGUUCAUUUGUUUUUUUCUCUCUCUCUCUCUGUUGUGGAGUUUAAACUCUGUCGGAGCAUGAUAACAUGGGGAAGAACAUUUAGAGAGUUUAGUUAACAGCUUUAUUUAUGAGGUUGGAUUUGCUCUCACCACCAGACAAAAUGAAAGAGUGAAUGGGGAAUUCAGAAAGAAGGAAUAGACAUGAUCUGAACAAUGCAAAGGUACUAAACUGGUUAUCAGUGACAUUGGAUACCGGCCAGUGUAUCAUCACGUCUACCUUCUCGUCUUCCCUUUUCCUUGGCAUUCCUACGGAUGAAACUGUUUAACAGUCACUGUCGGGAAGCUCUCAAUCAGCUCAACCACGUGGUGUUUGACGCAUCUCAUACUGUUAUCAAACGGGAAAAUAUGUAAAACGUAGAGUUUUGCUGGACUAUUUGACACGCUUCCAUUAGAUCACACUUUUUUUGACCUGCUGUUCUGAGGAGUGGAGAGUUCUUGGAGUUGCUCUUCUCCUCUAGCCAAAUCCCUCAAAACUCUAAUUCACUUCAACAGUAGUAACAGCACUCCAAAAAUCAUUCUUCUCUGUAAUUAUCUUUACCUCAGAAAAUUUAUUGAAUAAGUUAUGUUUUCUUUCUUUCUUUUGUGUAAUGGAUACACAUGGCUAACUGACUGAAUUCAGGCUGUUGGUUUACUGAGUGGGGUGUUAGUAUUUCAUAAUACCCUACAUUUCACAACAAGGACGGUUAAAUAGAAAUCUUAUCAGAUGUUUUUUUUACUAUCAUAGAAAGGUCAUGGAAGUAUUUUGUGCCAGCUGUAAAAGAAUCAGUGGUAAGAUAAAAGAAAAUGAAGUUGUACAUUUUUCAUACCUCUUGUUGUAAAGUUUUAAUAUGUGAGGCUUUAAAUGCAGAUGUUGGCAAGCUGACCUGUCACCUGCUCUCAUAGUACUCUUUUCUACUUUUUUUAUGAGUUACAGUAGCAGCAAAUCAUUUGUUUGAAUUUUUUGCUUACAUUUCAAAAUUAAUCGUUUUUAAAAACCUGGCAGUAAAAUAAAUACAGUUCGUCAUUUGGAAACUC